AUGUCUACAGAAACAAAAACAGGUGAUAGAGAUGCCAUGCCACCAGAUUUUGAAACAACAUAUCGAUUAUCAACUGAAAGUACAAAACAAUGGGAUUUAAGAAAACGUUUUCUUGAAAAAUAUUGGCAUCAAUAUGAUGAAGAUCGUUUAUUAUGUUUAGCACAAUGUUAUGUGAAUAUGCGAUGUUUAGGAUGCAAAUAUUCAAAGUCACUUAAUUCAUUAGUUGAUGAACUUGCCAAAGAAAUUGAAUAG